AGAACUCUGAGAAGGCCAACGGAAAUUGUAACGGAUGGUGUAUGGAUGGCCGGCCGGACGGUCAGCGGUCUGGAGUUCUUAGUCCUGUAGUAUCUUCCGUACCAGCUAAGGAAUGUGUAUUCGGGCAGACGCGGAGCAGGCGGUGAAAUGGCGCCGAAGCACACCGAAGCACACACACAUACCCCUCCACCACGGCCCUGGCGGGUUAUCCUUCUCCAGGUUCGCUGCGCGCUUCCAUCCUCCCGUGGCCUCGGCGCCCCCUCUCUAUCGACGCGGGGUACCCAGCGAUCGCCCGGCCGCAAAGGACCCUGAUGCACCGAAUCCGCUGUAACCCGACUUUACUUACAUUCCGUGGGUGGCUUUGGGA